GCCAGAUGUUGAGACAAAGGUCUAAAAAUAAUCUUUUCAUCUAUCUUUCCUUGGGAAGCUGGGUGGCCAGGGAGAGGUGGAGAGAUCCUGGCUUGGGAGUAAUCGCAAGAUUGGGAGCAACGGAUCCAACUUGGAGCAAGGAACUUACUGGCAAGGCAACCGCAUCCUUUCUGGCCCCAGAUUUGAACCCUUUUAAGGACAAACCGUCUGGGAAAGAACAGAAUUUGACUUCGGAGGAUUAGCCAACUUCCAUCCCUGCUUUUCUCUUUUCUCCUGCAAAAAAAAUCUGAAGCAAAUUUCAUCCUCCACGGGGUUUGCAAUUUUCAUUUUUUUGCUUUUUUGGGAUAGACAGCAGAAGGAGAGCGUAGAAAUGGGGAGCAACCUGCAUUUUUGCACCAGGUUCCUUACAACUACUUUAUGCCUGGUGUUCCUACUCUACCCAUCCUGGAACUGUGCAAAGAGGCGCUGGAGAAGGCAGCUGAAGGCUUCACCACUGAAGCUGGUGGAGAAUUAUGAUGAUUAUGAGGACUCCCUUCAUCCCCAUAGUGCACACUACCAGAAGAAUGACCGGUGUCCGCCACCAUCGCAGACCUUACCAGAACGAGCGUGUGAAGUACCCAGCUGUCGGUCAGACUCUGAAUGCGAGAAACACAAACGUUGUUGCUACAAUGGAUGCAUCUAUGCCUGCUUAGAAUCAGUGCCUCCACCCCCAGUUUUAGACUGGCUGAUUCAGCCCAAACCUCGCUGGUUGGGAGGGAAUGGCUGGCUCCUCGAUGGUCCAGAAGAAGUCCUACAAGCUGAAACAUGCAGUACCACCGAGGAUGGAGAUGACCCACUUCAUUGUCCAACGGGAUUCGAAUGCCACAUCAUUCACCCCGGGAACGCUGCUGAAGGCAUCCCCAAUCAGGGACAGUGCAUCAAGCAACGUGGGAACUCUGAUGGGUGGAAUCUAAGACCCAAAUACUACAAGGACUAUUUUGGGCACAGUUCCAGCAACAUGGUAGGUUAUGUGAAGCAAACGCAGAAACAUCUGGGUUAACUCAAGGAGGAUUCUUCUGACCAGCCUUGUGUGAUGUCAAAGGGAAAAUAAUAAUAACAUUGGAUGGGCAAAGAGUAACCAUAACCGAGGGAGAAUAAACCAGGAGGACAAACGUUUUUAAUCUGCUGGUGCCAGGGUAGUUUCAAUUUCUUUCUAAUGUGCCUCAUAUUGACAGGGAAAGGGGUUAGAAUGGUCUUCUUAUCAUUAUUGAAUUGAAUUCUUUAUUGUCAUUGUACGUAUAUACCCAGUAUA